AGUAGAGUCUUUCUUCCUAAAAAACAGAAAUCACUCAACCCGAAACAGAUGUUCGACCCGAACCCGCUAUCUCUAAGCGUACCCGAAUCCGAAUUCGAAUCAUGGCUCCGCGACUCCGGCUACCUCGAAAUCGUCGACCAGCGCGCCACCGACCUCCACCGCAUCUCCACCGCCGCGAAGCCAUCCGAUUCCGCCGCGGAAUCAGCCACAGCUAAAAUUAGCAGCAGCGGAGCAUUCAUCGUCUCGCGAUUCCUCUCCCGUGUAUGGACUCUGCUGUCGCUGCUCACCUUCAACCCUUUCUCGAAGCUCGCCGCCACCGAUUUCUCCGGCGACACGCCUCCCUGGACUGUGGCUUUCUUCGGCUCCUCCGAAUCGUACUCGUUCCCGUCCUCUCGCUCCCAGGCGCGCCUCCGUGUCCACGAGAACGUCAAGCGCUAUGCUCGCAACUACACCACCCUCUUCUUCCUCUUCUUUGCUUGCUCGCUGUAUCAGCUGCCUUUAGCUCUUUUUGGUCUUCUUUCGUGCUUGGCGCUUUGGGAUGCAUUUAGGUUCAGUGGUGAUCGAUGGAGAUUGGAUGGAUACCCUCUCUUGAGAGAAGCUCUGAUUCGUACCGCUCAAUGCUUGGCCGCAGUAAUUCUGUUUAUUUCCAAUGUCCAGUUCGCCGUAUUCUGCGCUACUGGUGUCAGUUUUGCAGUCAUGAUUCUGCAUGCUUCAUUUAGGAAAUUGACUCCAGCAAAGCAACCCGAUCAAAGAGGUGGACAAAGGACGAUGACGAGGGGACAUGGCUAAAUAAUUGGAUGCUUCAUGUGGUAGUGGUACGGUUUCCUCUGCUCCCGUCGAUUCCACUUGCAGAGAAAUACCAGUUGUAUCACAGAUAACUCAAGCCUUAGCGUGGGGUUUGCCGUUCAUUGCCUUCCCAAAUGUGUUCAAAAAAUCGCACAAGAACUCAUUUUUUACUUCUUUAAGUUAUGAUGAAUCAGUUUUUGUAGCUACAGAGAGUAGUCUGAUGUAGUCCUUGUGUUAUGGUGUAAUUAUGAAUAUACUCGGCUGAAGUUGCAGGCUACGGAUGAGUGAUGGCAAUUUUUUGAGAUGUUGAAUUAAA